ACGUGGGUAGCCUGCGGCGCAGUCAUUGGCCUCUGGAUUUCGGAAGUUUAGGAGCUCCACUGGCUGCUAGGCUGCUAGCCCAUUUUUAGGGCUUGUUGUACUUCCGUAAUGUCUGCGCUAGGCAGGUAAAAGGGGGAAGCAUGGGGAAUAGGCGGCGGCUCUGAGGAAACCUUUGAAACCGGAAAGAAUCGGACGACAACCAAGCCAGUAGCCGAAUCUACAUGUGGCCAAACAUUGCGGAGGUGAUUUCGGAGGACCUCGGUCUAACAAAAUCGCUUGUGAUUGGCACAAUGGAAGAAUCUAGCAUUUGCAGACCAGGUGUAAAAGCAGAUAUGUUGUGUAACUCUCAGUCAAAUGAUAUUCUUCAACUUCAUGACUCAAAUUGUGGUGGCACGGGUAACAAACAUUCACUGGAAGAGGAUGAAGGCAGUGACUUUAUAACAAAAAACAGGAAUUUGGUGAGCCGAGCAUACUGCUUGCAAGAGUCAAGAGAGAAGCCUCCUGGGCCUAAAUCUGGAAUAGAGCCUUCUGAUAGUCAGCAAGGUUCAGAGUACAACAGGAACAAAGAAAGAACUUUAGGAAAAGAAGUAUUAUUAUUGAUGCAAGCCUUAAAUACUCUCUCAACUCCAGAGGAGAAGCUGGCAGCUCUCUGUAAGAAAUAUGCUGAUCUUCUGGAGGAGAGUUGGAAUGUUCAGAAACAAAUGAAGGUUCUACAGAAGAAGCAAUCCCAGAUCGUGAAAGAGAAAGUUCACUUGCAGAGUGAACAUAACAAGGCUGUCUUGGCAAGAAGCAAGCUAGAGUCUCUCUGUAGGGAACUUCAGCGUUACAACAAGACAUUAAAGGAAGAAAAUAUGCAGCAGGCAAGAGAAGAAGAAGAAAGUCGUAAAAAAGCAACAUCACAUUUCCAGUUUACUUUAAACGAAAUUCAAACACAGCUGGAACAGCAUGACAUACACAACACCAAACUUCGUCAGGAGAACAUUGAACUGGGAGAGAAGCUGAAGAGGCUCAUUGAACAAUACACACUGAGAGAGGAGCGUAUUGAUAAAGUGUUCAAACGUAAGGAACUGCAACAACAGCUUGUGGAUGCCAAGCUUCAGCAAACAACACAACUCAUAAAGGAAGCUGAUGAAAAACAUCAGAGAGAGAGAGAGUUUUUAUUAAAAGAAGCAACUGAAUCGAGGUACAAAUAUGAAGAAAUGAAACAUCAAGAAGUACAAUUAAAACAGCAGAUGUCUUUCCCAAGAGUUGGUUUCUUUCUUUGCUUUUACCAUGUCAGUUUCCAGCAAUUGUUGAUGACCUCACAACUAACAGACUGGGCCAGCAUUGACUUCUCAGAUGUAGCAGUCUACCUUGGAUGUACCAUCUUCAAUAAAAAUGGACCAUGCCAAAACUGCCAUAACUUCUUACCUCCCUCAAGUGCCAGAACUCCCCCCAAUCUGACUGAGCCACCAUCAUUGUUUCCUCUCCUACACUUUCCCAGGCCAGCAGCCUUAGAAGCACUGUCACUUUUCUUUGUGCCUCAGAGGCACAAGAACACUUUACAGCAGUCACCCUUAGCCAUGGGUUCACUUUCUGCAGUUUUAUCAUAUUAAGUGGAAAUUUCAGAAAUAAAUAAUUUAUAAAUUUUAAAUUGCUUUGCAUUCUGAAUUGCAUAAUGAAAUCUUGUGCCUUAUGCUCUGUUCUGCCUCGGACAUAAAUUAUCCCAUUGUCCAGCGUCUCCACAUUGUAUAUGUUAACAGUUAUCUGAUUGGUAUCCAUUUAUCAGAGAAAGAGACAUACUACAUUCCCGUAAGUUUUACAGUAUAUUAUUAUAAAAGAUACAUUUUAUUAUUAGCUAUUUUUGUUGAUCUAUUUCUAUGCCUAAUUCAUAAACUUUGUCAUCAGUAAGUAUGUAUAGGAGGAAACUGUGUGUGUGUAUGUAUAUGUACGUGUGUGUGUGUGUAUGUACAUGUGUGUGUGUGUGUGUGUGUGUGUGUGUGUAGUGCAUCAUUUUAGGUAUGCACUUGGGAUCUUGGAGCAUGUUCCCGGUGGAAUACAAUAUUUCUUUAGACCUACGUUUUCUCAUACUGAAAAUAAUGUAGUUAUGUUAGAACAUUUAUAAAGUAAUCCAUCCUAGUCUAAAUAAAGAAAUUUAGCCCUUAAGUCAUAGUUCAGGCCUCAUCACAUUUUUUUUUUUUUUUUUGGCUACUACUGUGACUCUCCUCCUAAAAAAGAUGACUGCAUUCUAUAUUCAGUUAGCAUUCUUUUUCUAGCUAGAAUAAAAAUUACUUGAAGCUGUGAAAGAUGUUUCUAUCAUUUUUAGCUUUCCUUUUUUCUCAACUACAACUAAAUUCUUUUUCAACCAAACUAUUCUUUUGUUUCAUUUUCCUUCAGUGUUCAAGAAAAAGAUAGCCUUGAAAUCAAGCUAAAAACGAUGCAGGUGGUAUACAUAAAAGAAUGACCUUUUUCCAAGUACAGUUUUUGAAAUGUAAGGAGAGUGGUAGUGCAUAAAAUAUUGAUUGUAUGAUAUUUAUGUAUGAUAUUGAUUGUAUGAUAUUAAUGUACAGCCAUACCACUGCACAUUAGUUUUAUUAUGAUAGAUGGAAUAUUUGUACAUUUUAAGCAUUUACACAGAUUAAACAAAAUUUUAUAAACUUCAAUGGUUUAUCAGAAUUUUAGCUACCUACUGUAUGGUUCAUCCAAGAUUUGCUACUUGUUUGUUCUUAUUUUUAUUACAUAUAACAGGUCACCAGUGUUUAGCCAUAUUCUUUUGAAGUCUUUUGGAUUUUAAAUUAUUUACCUGGAACUCAGAAUAUUUUAUACUU